AUGUUCUGGUGGUCUUGGUUUGUUUUCGUCCUAGGGGUGGCGGCUGCGCCGCAACCUCAGGGACCGCCGUCGCCGACAACGACCCCUAACCCGUCAGCAUGCGCGCUGAUUUCCCGCGGGGCGAGCUCCGUCCUGGCUGUCAACCCCUCUGGUGAGCAUGCACACAUCCCGCACCGCACCGCACCGCACCGCACCGCACCGCAGGCCACGCCGGCCUUCCCGGCAGCCAUGGCGUUUGACUGCCUCCGUACGGUGCCGAACCGACCCGGCCCGGCACUGCAGCUCAUCGAGAGUCUCAAGGCUUUCUCCAACUGGCAAAGCACCCUGCCGUGGCUCAAGGACCCCCCGGAGUCCUACCCGCUUCCCCCGGUCGACAUCCAGGGCACGCUGGACCGGAUCGCAGCCAAGGCCGCUGCCGGCGGCUACAUCAGCGAGUACGACUUCCAGCUCGACAUAUACCUCGGUAUCGCCGCAGCGCAUGACGGCCACUUCGCAUAUAUCGGGGACAUCUUCAAGGCUUUCUUGUUCAGGAACGAUCUAGCCUCGGAUAUGGUCUCCCUGUCGCCCGACGGAGUAUCCCUGCCGAAGCUGUAUCGACUUUCCUCCUUCCAGCGCAACGCGAGGAUCAUGCCGCCCGCCAUCACCGAGAUCAACGGCGUGAACGCGACCGAGUUCAUCCUGGACCUGGGCGCGCAGAUGAGCUUCUACCAGGACGCCGACGCGCGGUGGAACUCGUUCUUCCCCACCUACGCCGACCCGAACGCGAACAACCCGCUCUUUAUCUCGCUCGUCUACCUCGGCCCGAGCCUCACCUUCACGUACGAGAACGGCGAGACCCAGACCGCCGCCACCCGCGCCAUCCUCCGCUCCGACGCCGACUUCGACGGCAUCGCCUCGGGCGACGACUUCUACGACCGCUUCUGCACCCCGUCCCCGCCCUUCAACCCGAUGCAGGACCCCGUCCCCGCCACGCGGCUGGCGCGGAGCCGCCGCCGGCGCAGCGACGGCGACAGAGAGGGGGAUAGGCACGACCACGGCAGCCCGGGCGCCCUCCGGCCGCGCUCGCCGUCGCUGUCCGACUACCCGGACCCCAUCGUCCAGAACAGCGACGAGGGCACGACGAUGGGCUUCUUCCUCGACGAGCCGGGCCUCCGCGACGUCGCCGUGCUCGCCAUCUCGUCCUUCUCCGAGGAAACCGCCUUCAACUACCUGUCCGUCUUCCAGAACACCGUCGAGGCCUUCCUCGACGCGUGCCGCGCCGCCAACAAGACGCGCCUCGUCAUCGACCUCACCGCCAACGGCGGCGGCCAGAUCCUCGCCGGCUUCGAGCUCUUUGCGCAGCUCUUCCCCGGCCGGGACGCCUUCAACGCGAACAACAUGCGGCUCCCGGACAGCCUGGUCAGCCUCUCGCGCGUGCUGUCGAGCCUGCCCCUGCGGGACCAGCAGGAGGCCGUCGCCGUGUCGCCCCUGCUCGCGAACCUGUCGCCGCUCGAGCUGCGCACGCCGCAGGGCGACGAGUUCACCUCGGUCGACCAGCUCCUCACCCCGGUCACCCUCCGCGGCGACAAGUUCUCCGCCUACAUGCGGCAGCCCGACGUCGCCGGCUUCACCCUGACCGGCACCGGCCGCCGCGCCAACCCCCCGGCCUCCCCCUUCAAGGCCGAGGACAUCGUCCUGCUGACCGACGGCACCUGCGGCUCCACCUGCACCAUCUUCUCCUACCUCAUGAUCUUCCAAGAGAACGUCAAGACGGUCUCGGUCGGCGGGGCGCCGCGCGCGGGCGCGAUGCAGGCGGUCGGCGGCGUGGAGGGGUCGCAGGUGCUGCGGUUCUCGGAGAUCGCGAACGCGUCGGCGGCGGCGAUCCUGAUCAGCGCGGAGCUGGAGGGGGGCGGGGCCGCGGGGGCGGCGCGGCUGGACGCGAGCGAGCUGGGCACGCUGGCGCGCGGGUACGCGGCGCGGCGCGCGGCCGACCCGGCGCGCAGCCCCGGCUCCGUCAACUUCAAGAACGCCUUCGCCCCCGCCGACGCCCGCACGCCGCUCCAGUUCGCCGACGCCCCCGCCCGCUGCCGCUUCUUCUACGCCCCCGCCGCCCUCUUCGCCCCCGCCGCCCUCUGGGCCCGCGCCGCCAACGCCACCUGGCGCGACCCCGCCGCCCUCUGCGCCCCCGGCUCCCGCGUCCCCGCCCCCGCCCCCGCCCCCCUCGAUCCCGCCUUCCAGGCCGCUAGCACCGCCCCCGACGCCCCCGGCGCCCCCGCCGACGACCAGGCCCCCGGCGCCGGCGCCGCCGGCGGCAGCAGCUCCACCGCGACCGAGGCCGGCGGCCAGAGCUCCGCCGCGAGGGCUCCCGGCGCGCCGCGCUGGGCCGCCUGGCUGCUCGCCGCCGCCCUCGCCGCGUCGUAUCUGUAA